CUCUGCGCCGCGGCGCGCUCCGUCUCCGCAGCCGACAUGGGCGCCGCCGCGUGGGCACUGCAGCCCCUGCCUCCCCUGCCGCUGCGUGUGCCUCUCCUGCUGCUGCUUCUGCAGCUCCCGGGUCUACCCGGGGCCUCCUGGGACCCGGCCGGUUACCUGCUCUACUGCCCCUGCAUGGGGCGCUUUGGGAACCAGGCUGAUCACUUCUUGGGCUCCCUUGCUUUUGCAAAGCUGCUGAACCGUACCUUGGCUGUACCUCCUUGGAUUGAGUACCAGCAUAACAAGCCUCCCUUCACCAACCUCCAUGUGUCCUACCAGAAGUACUUCAAACUGGAGUCCCUCCAGUCAUACCAUCGGGUCAUUAGCUUGGAGGACUUCAUGGAGAAGCUGGCCCCCACCCACUGGCCCCCUGAGAAGCGGGUGGCGUACUGCUUUGAGGUGGCAGCCCAGCGAAGCCCUGAUAAGAAGACGUGCCCCAUGAAGGAAGGGAACCCCUUUGGCCCCUUCUGGGAUCAGUUUCAUGUGAGUUUCAAUAAGUCGGAGCUUUUUACAGGCAUUUCCUUCAGCACCUCCUACAAAGAACAGUGGAUCCAGAGAUUUUCUCCAAAGGAACAUCCGGUGCUCGCACUGCCAGGGGCCCCAGCCCAGUUCCCCGUCCUAGAGGAACAUAGGCCACUCCAGAAGUAUGUGGUAUGGUCAGACGAGAUGGUGAACAUGGGAGAGGCCCAGAUCCGCACCCACCUCAUCCGGCCUUACGUGGGCAUUCAUCUGCGCAUUGGCUCUGACUGGAAGAAUGCCUGUGCUAUGCUGAAGGACGGGACCGCAGGCUCACACUUCAUGGCCUCUCCCCAGUGUGUGGGCUACAGCCGCAGCACAGCUGCCCCCCUCACAAUGACUAUGUGCCUUCCUGACCUGAAGGAAAUCAGGCGGGCCGUGAAGCUCUGGGUGAGGGCACUGAGUGCCCAGUCAGUCUACAUCGCCACUGAUUCUGAGAGUUAUGUGCCCGAGAUCCAACAGCUCUUCAAGGGGAAGGUGAAGGUAGUGAGCCUGAAGCCUGAGGUGGCCCAGAUUGACCUGUACAUCCUUGGCCGAGCCGACCACUUCAUUGGCAACUGUGUCUCCUCUUUCACAGCCUUCGUGAAGCGGGAGCGGGACCUCCAGGGGAGGCUGUCCUCUUUCUUCGGCAUGGAUAGGCCCCCUCAGCUGCGGGACGAGUUCUGAUCCCGUCUGGAGCACAUCACCAGUCUGCGCUGGUCCCUCCAGUCAGGACUGGCAGCCAGAGGUGUUCCCAGGAUUGCAAACUCCUCUUCUUGCCUGCCAGAGAUGGAGAAAGGUAGAAAAGUGCCAGGGACUUCCUGGAGGAGGGAGACAUGCCAUCUCCCAGGGCAUAGGACUUCCAAGCGCCUAGGGAACCGGAGCAUCUCUCCAUCUCCUGUGCUUUCUGAUGUUUCUCCUGGGAAUUCCUCACAUUGGCAAAGUAGUCCAACCUGCCUUUUGGUCUGCCCUGCCCUAAGCAGCCUGGGAUGCUGAACUCUCUUCUAAGAGAUUUUUUAUAGAGAAAGAUUUUUUAUUGAGAGAGAUUUUUAUAGUUUUAAUACAAAGUCAUAACCACCCUAGAACUUUCCCUCAUUUUUAAAAAUCAGUGAAGUCCAUUAACAUAGGUACCUAAAGUGCCCUUAACUGGAUGUGGAUGAGGCCAGGGCUGGGGUGGGUCUACUGGCCACUUUUCCAGGUAUCCCCCAAACUGGCCCUCAGACCCAUCCUGACUCUGGCCAGAGCCACAGUCAUCCACCACUUUUUAGGCCAUUUCUGGGGUUUGGGACAUGAAUACUCCUCCAUUGUAAGCACUAUACAAAUGGUAAUUCUCGAUCAUGGUGCUGUGCUGUGCUCUGCGGACAGCCAAGUGCUGCUCACACAGCACGUUCUUGGCAAGGAACACAUGCCAUGAAACCAAACAAUCGUGGUAUUGCUGUCAGAGUCUUUUGGUGAUUGGUAACCACUGCAAACCUGGUACCGCCAGGACAUCAGAAUGUAUCACCAGGGGCCGGGGCUUACUGGCCUGGCAGGAUCCUUCCGAAGGCCUCCCCUAAGGGGCCCGGUGGGAUUUUGCCGUUAGGUUGGUAUUCAAAGCCUGUUCUUUCAGCCUUCCUCCUGGGGCUGGAGCCCUCAGACCACAAGGGAGUGUUUGCUAAGCCUCUAGCAACACAGAAGAUGCCCAGGAUCCAGGAGCCAUCAGAAUUCCCAGUUUAAAAGCAACCUUUGCCCCUUCCCAUCCAGUGUAAUCUCUGCCAAUGCCAUGAGGUUUAAGGUGUUAUAAGUCGUAAAUUUCUUUGUCUCUCAGAUGCUGCAGUUUUAAUAAUCCAUUACUCCUGAGAGCCUGCGAUUUUUUUACCUUGUGGUUCUAAAAUUCCAUGUCUACUACCUGUGAAUCUCUUGUCUGGCAUGUGACUUCCCUCGGCCUUUGAUCCUGGAAAGGUGGUAGAGCCUCUGCUAAGAGCUAGGUCCAAGGCUCCAUUCAGGGGCUUGUUCCUUGAUUACCUUUGGGAGGAAAUGCUUUUUGUCAGGGGAAGACUGGGUCAGAGGUCACAGGCUGCAUGGUAUCAAGGAUCUCAAAUGCUAAAAUUGGCAUUUGCUGCUUAGAGCUGCUGCCCAACUCUAAGCAGGAGAAACUGUACAUAAUGGGCUUUUGUAUUUUUCCCUCCUGGGAAAACAGUGAAGUGUUAUAAAUCCAGGAUGGACUCUGAGAGAUGGUUGCCUGUCCAGACUUCCUCUCAGGCCUCAUCCAGGGAAAGGACCACAGUCAAGGGAACCCAUGCACUGCCUGCCUCCAUCAGGUUGUUGUGAGAGUGAGGCUCGCUGCUGAUUUCAUUCGAGUUUGUUGGCUGUUCACAGCCUUAUGCUAAGUAUACACCUUAGAGUCUAGGGCUCCAGUGGGCCAUCCAAAACACCUUGAUUAGUACCAACAGUAAUGACAGCUUGUGUUCUGGAAGAGAGGGUGCCAGAGUUCUAGUCAGAUUCACUUGUUCUGUGAACAAGCACCUUACUCUUUGACCCAGUUUCCUCAUUUAUACAAUGGUGAUAACACCAACUGGUUGUUGAAAGGCUCAGAUCAGGGCCGGCCCAUGGCUCACUCAGGAGAGUGCGGUGCUAAUAACACCAAGGCCAUGGGUUCGGAUCCUAUAUAGGGAUGGCCGGUUGGCUCACUGGCUGAGCGUGGUGCUGACAACACCAAGCCAAGGGUUGAGAUCCCCUUACCAGUCAUCUUAAAAAAAAAAGAAAGAAAGAAAGAAAGAAAGGCUCAGAUCAGCUAAAGCAUAUAAGAGCACAUUGUAAAUUUGGAAGAGACAGUGGCAUACAUGUGGCUAUUGAUUAAUUUGACAGCCUCUCAUUGCACACCUACUCUGCCAGGCACUGUGCUGGCUGAGUGCUUUAUGGGCAUUCUUGUUUAGUCCCCAACAGUUCCUGAGGGGUAGGAACUGUUAUAAUCCUUCUCUUUCUGCACAAGGAAAAAUUAAUGCUCAGAGAAUUCUCAUAAUUUUCCCAAGGCUACACAGUCUGUGGUAUUAAGCCAGGGUGACCUCCCAAAGCCAGUUCUGUUAGCCACCAUAUUCUGCCUGCAGUUCACAGAAUGCACUUUAUGCUGUAGGUGUCAUGGAGGACUCCAGUGGAGGAAUGAGCAGCCACCUUAGUUUCCACUGGGCACCUGCUGUGGGUCUGCUGCUGCCCGGAUGUUCAGGAGGGGUAGGUCACCCAAGAAACAGAAAGCCCACAUGAAGCUUACAGUCUCCUUGGGUAGUUAUUUAGUUCAACACUCUUUUAUUCAACAGUUUAUUAAUCACAUAGUAGGUGCCAGGCUCUUUGCUAGGUAGUAGGGAUGCAGCAGAGAAUCAAACAAAGUCUUUGUUCUCAAGGAAUUUGCAUUCUAGAAAGUGAGAGACAUAAACAAAUGUACUUUGGGAGGUGUUGACAAGUGCUAUGGAAAAAUAAAGAGGGUGGGAGGUGGGGGCUGUGCUGUUUUAUAUAAGGAGCCCAGGGGAGGCCUCUCUGAAGAGCUGCCAUUAAGAAGGGAGGGAGAGGGGCCGGCCCGUGGCUCACUCGAAAGAGUGGUGCUGAUAUGGCCGGCUGGCUCACUGGGUGAGCAUGGUUCUGACAACACUAAGUCAAAGGUUAAGAUCCCCUUACCGGUAAUCUUUAAAAAAUAAAAAAAAAAGAAGGGAGGGAGCACAUUCCUAGCAGAGGAAACAGCAUGUGCAAAGGCUCUGAGGCUGGAAGAGCAGCAAGGAUGGUUGAGCAGAAAGCAGAGCAGGCGAGAUGACAUUCUUACAGCCUGGAGGGCUGCAGUAAUGUCUAGACUUGGCUUUUAGUUGGAGAGAUAUGGACAGCCUUUGUAGGGUUCUGAACAUUAGAGGAUUAUGAUCUGAUUGACAUUUCUGAGGGACUCCUCUAGCUGGCAUGUGGAAAGGAGGUUGGAGAGAGGAAGGGUGAAAGCAGAGAGAGCAGUGUGGGGCUAUCGCAGGGAUACUGGUGAGGGGUGAGGGUUCAGCUCCCCCUGGACUAGAACUUUUGUGCCCUCUUCUCCCAAGAGACAAAGGCAGAAAUGCGUUGAAAGUGGUGGGGAAUGGUCAGUUUCUGGAUAUAUAGAAUUAUGUGUCAGUCUUUUUUAAAGAUAUAAAUCUUUGCAUAAUUUGAAUCAUGCAGUAUACAAUUAAGUCUUGACUUUUUAUUUAAUAGUAUAUAAUAUUUUCCCUGUUGGUACAUAGCCUUAA